AGCAAACGUAAUGAAAAACUAAAAUAAAAGGAGAAGAAUGAGAGAAAUACAUCAAGAGUAUAAGAAGAAGUGCACUCUUUUCACAAAACUUCCCUACCAAAUCAAAGAACCACCGUGGACGGUGAUUUUCCGAUUACUCGCCGCCGUUAGUAUUCAAAACUUAUUCACCGGCGAUUUUGAUUACAUGAGAGAAGAAAAAUCAGAAACUCAUGGAUAGAAUCAGAGAAUCUAGAAAAUCAAACGGAUUUCCCAGACACAGACAUCGAAAUCUAGAGUAUGAAGCGGUGGAGUUGAGAGAAGGUUCGAGAAAGAUUGGAAGGAAUCAUGAUAGAGAGCUUCGGAAACGGAGAAGACACUCACACUCUCACAGAGACGAAGGUGAACGAAGCACCGAAGUGAGCUUCGGAAAUGAACAAAACGACCACGUUCGAGAGAUAUCUCGGAUCCGUUUAUCGAAUACGACGUCGUUUGGUGCUUCUGAUCAAAAUCAUCGCCGGAGUGUAACGGCGGCGAAACCGCCGCCGUUUAAGAGAACCGAUGAGAUUAUCGGUGUGGUGGUUCCACGGAAGGCUCGUUCAGCUUCUGUUAAAAGGUUGCGUGAAAAAUGGAUCACCGGCGGCGGCACGGAGGAGCAGAUUUUCCGGCGGCGGUCGAAUUCUCCGUCAGAUUCGACUUCUUUGGAUGUUUCUUCUCAGCUGAAGAAGCGGAAAGUGAUUGGAGAUGUUGAUAAGACAUCGAAAUCGUCUUCAUCAGACAUGGAGAUUGAGAUAGCAGAGCUUUUGUCUGGUUUGAGGACUUUCAAGAACCUCGAGUCUUCAUCUGAAAAGGUUGAAGCAACCAUUAAUCACAACGCAUCUAUGGAUACAGAGACGAAGAAAUGGGAAGUCUACAAUUCAACUGAAGAGUUGGUUAGAAUUCAGUGCGAUCAAGCUGUGGAUGCGGGCUGUCAUGAUGGCAAUGUUACUUGUCAUGAAAAUGGAUCAUUAGAGGUUGAAAUAGAGAAAGUGAAUUCUGGUGCCAGAUUUGGUGGUGCUUCAGCAGAUGGAAAACCUUUAUCCACCACACGCGGGUCACAAUCAUGUAUGAAGUUGGAUGCCGCUGAUAAACAUGAUUCGGUAUCUACCAGAGAGAUGUCGACUGCUCCGGCGACCCAAAGAUUAGGCAAGUUUGAGAUAGAUUUGAUGGCUCCUCCUCCUAUGAUGCUGUCCCCAAAAGGGAAUGACUUGUCUCGAGGCAAUUUAACAUCAGCAAGUAUAAAAUUGGCACCGGACUUGGAAAUGAAGAGGGAAAAUAGUAUCAAGGUUGAAGACAAGGUGGAAAGACAAGCUACGGUAGAGAAAAAUCCAGAAGAAAUUGAAGAAGAGGCGAAUAUGGCCACGAUGAAUGUGCUAAAACAUUAUUUGGAGAAGCCAAACAAUGACAAUGACAUAAAGAUAAACAAUAAAUUAGAGGAGCAGGGUAGGAAUAAGGAACAACCUAUUGCAUUGUCAAAUCCCAAAGUAGAGAAAACUGCUUGUUCUAGUUCAGUGCCUCUACCAGCAGCUGUAUCAGGAUUGCCGAGCAGUCUCUCUCCUAUUGGGUCAAUAACUAUGACUGGUGGAUGCACGCCGCCCUUGCAGACAGUUGUGAAGAUGAACACAACCACAGGAUCAUCAACAUCAGCACAGCGUGUGAAUUUUGCUCUCUCUGAACCACAACCAAAGAGAUGUGCAACCCAUUAUCAAAUUGCUCGCAAGAUCCUACUCAAGCAGUUCACAAAGAUGAAUCCCCUUUUGUCAGCGGCUAUUGGCUCGGGUUCACUUUGUGCCCCAAAAACCAACAAUGUUAAUUGUCUUCUCUCGGCAGAAAGUAUGAUCAUUAACAAACAAUCUCAGAAACACUUGCCGAGUUUAGACCAAAAUGGCACACAAGAGAAAAGGUUGACUGUCAUAGGUGAUCAUAAUCUCACUGCUACUAAAAAUUCUAAUAAUCCCAAUCCUGUGGAUUCAAUACAUCAGAUGCACUUACUACAACAAGGUCCAUUCGCCGGGUCAACUGGGAAUCUAGUGCAUGGUCCUGCUUUUGUAUUUUCUCCGGCUCAUUAUCAAGCAUCAGUUGCAGCAGCUACUAAUCAGGCAGGAGGUGUGAGUUCUCCCAACAAUACUUCCUCAUAUAAUAGGUCCCAGAGUUCAGUUGCUGGAUCUCCUUGUACCACCUCAACUUUGCCAGCCACUGCCAUUGCUAAUGCUAUGAGCUUUAGCUACCCUCAUUUUUCAGCCAAUAACUCUCCUUAUGCAACAUUAGUUCAUAAUAACGGGUAUUCAUUCCCCGUUUCAUCUAGUUCUCUUGGAGCAACUGCAGCAAUCAGAAAUGCAAGCUCUGCACAAACAACACAUAUACUCGGUGGACCUUUGUACUCUUCUCAAACAUUCCAUUCUCUUCAGUAUCCACAACAACACCCUCACUCACAAGCACAUGUGCAACCAAGUUAUCUUACUACGCAAACAUCAAGUAGCUCAUCAUCUCAGAUGCAGCCACAUGGUGCGCAAGUAAAUGGUAAUAGUAUCUUGACCUCUACAACUGCGGAGCGACGGUCACAAAAGCAACAUACUCUACAGUCUCACCCACACAAGCAAGAGACUGAGGUAAAUGGAAAGAAUGUACCAUCUGUUGCUAAUCUAACAUCUUGCCCACUAAAGAAUUUGCAAGGGCAGAACUUCACAAUACCAGUUCAGCCAGUGAACUUUUCUUUCAAGCCAUGUGCGACAUCGGAUAGUGUUGGUGGCAACAGUGGAAACUUUGGUGACAAGCAGCAGCAGGCUUUAAAGGGGGGAGUUGAGGUUAUACCAUCUCAACCAUUUGCGGUAUCAUUUGGUUCAUUUAAUGGAACCAAUCUUCCUUCAAACCUUAACUUCUCAUCCAUGAAACAGAAUCCACUGGUAAUUCAAAGUUUGCCUGAUGUUGCGCGACAAGGAUAUCAAGCUGCAAGCACAUCUCAUAUUGUUCAGCAGAAGAAUUAUUCAACUACUAUAGAGAAGAGAGGGGGAAAUUCCUCCCACAAAGAUGAUGAAAAGAAAACCACUCAUGGUAAGUCGUCAGCUAAUGGGCCAACCACUCUUGUUUUUGAUAAUUCGUCAAAGAAUAUUAACUUUGUGCUAUCUCAUUCAAAUGGAAACUGGCCCAGUCACUCCAUUACUUCAACUGUGACAACAACCAUGCCUUUUUCCAGUAAUACUUCAAGUUCUCAACAGUCAGCGCAAUCGCUUCAGCUUCAUAAGCAGCAUGGUAUGCAACAGCAGCAACCUGCCGCGGCUACUCGAAAUAAAGCUUCAUCCACCAAUACCACUUCUGCCACAAACUUUGCAAACAAUGGCCCUGUUUUCUCACAAAGCCAUACUCAAUGCAAUAGUUCUAACCAAACUUCUCACUCGAAGAUCACGGGAAGAACCACAAGUUAUCAUGUUCAUCACACACCUAGUACAACAAUCAAGACUCCAACCACCAAAAAUGAUUUGGAGAAAGGAAGAUUUUCACAGGGGCGUAUGCAAAUUUCUUUUGGGGGAAAUUACACAACUUCUUUGCCAUCCCAAGGGAAACACCAACUCAAUAACAGCCAGCCUUUGUAUACAACAGCAGCAGGAAAUACAUUUAAUGGGGGAAAUUUGAAGCCAAAUUUGGAAGGAUGGAAAGUUGAUUCGUCAGUGAACACUUCGCAGUUGCAACAAACUGAGAAUUCUUCUGGGAGUGGCCAAAAAUCUUCCCCAGUUUGUGGGAGAAAUGUUCCAUCAAUCUUAAGCUCAUGUCCCAGCCACCUAUCCGAGAUGAAGUAAUAGAAAUCAAAUCGCAUCUUGUACCAAGGCAGAAUAUAUCAAAGAAUUCUCUCCAAUUCCGCUCAUAAUCUUUUGUAAUCGACAUAUAUUCUGGAAGGUGCUGCUGCUACUGCUUCAUGUUCAAACUGCAACUGUUGGGUGUGUUACUGCCCUUGUGGUGGUUCUUCACAUUCAUUAAGGCCACACUUAAAUUUGAAGGAGAAGGUCCAUGUAGCUUAUAUCACACUCGUGGAACCGGUCCUAGUGUUUUACCUGUCGUUCUUUACAUAGGCAGUAAUGAUAUAUGAGAGGUGUAAAGACAAUGUUGAUGUGGAAUAAGCUGAACUUUAAUGAGGUGAUAGUAUGUAUGAAUAUGAUACCACAUUUGCUGGUGGGAUUUGACAAAGAAAUGGUGGAUAAUGAAAGGAAGUUGGAAUCUAUUAGGCCUGCAAUUUUGAAAAAGCUGGGACCGCUUGCUAUACUGUCAUAUUUCUUGGUUGGUUAGCUUCUUGUAGGCUUCAACAUUCUCGUGGGAUCUAAUUAAUUUGACAUAGAAAAGCAAUUCUAUUAGUAAUAUGUAUAUAUGAUUUUUUGUCUCCCUCGUGAGAUGUACUUACAUUAAUUCAUUAAUGAAAAAGCUGCAAUUAUUUCUUUCA